AAACUCAGGACCAGUGGAAGCCCCCAAGAUUCAAGGACUAUUCCUCCCAGUCUCUGUGGAUUUUUACAGUUGUUUUUCUUGGCCCAAGGAUCUUACCCAGUGAUGCAAAUGGAGGGGAGUGAGGGGCGGGUGAACAGAAAACAGUGGUCAGAAUGAGUUAGGGAAGCAGAUGUUAGGAAGAGGCAGAAGAUAGAAAGGACAUGGAGGAAGUGGGUAUGAGUGGCCCAAACACCUGAGAUAGGAUACCCAGGAGGGACAGCUUUUCAAGAGGAGACUCUGCUUAGCAUGGACUGGGCUGAAGUCUAAGACUCCCACCUGUUAACAUCUGGGUCCAGAAUCAUGUCUGCUAAGAAAGGCUGGUGGGUGCCUCCUGAGGGCGAGGACAGUGUGUCUGACAAGUUCCUAAGGAAGACCAGGGAAUCUCCGUUGGUACCCAUAGGCUUGGGAGCCUGCCUGGUGGUGGCAGCAUACAGAAUUUAUCGGUUGAAGGCUCGUGGUUCCACGAAGAUGUCCAUACAUCUGAUUCACACCCGAGUGGCAGCACAGGCCUGUGCUGUGGGUGCAAUCAUGCUAGGUGCUGUGUACACCAUGUACAGAGAUUAUAGCAAGAGGAUGGCACAGGACCCUAGGGACAAGUAGUGCUCCUGAGGGGGCUGGGCAGCCUCACCCCCCUCCCCAGCCUCUGUAUGUGCCUAAUAAACCAGUGCUGAAGAAUGUCAAGUGUCUUCUUCACCAGCAGAGAGCAGAGGAAGGGACCCAGAAGAAAGGCUGGAUACCAAAGGGCUCUGGUCCCCAACUCCAGGGAUAGAUAUAAGGGGCAGUGGUCUCCUAAGGCAGGUGAACCUUAAAUCCCAGAAUCCCAUCAAUUCCCAUACCACCUCAGGUCCACCCAGAGGCAGCAGGGAGUGGGAUGGUGGGGGCAGUGAAAGGGCCUUGAGGCUCAUGGGAACACUGAGUUAAGAGCAGGCAUUCCUUCACAGGCUGCUUCCCUGGGGAUCCAGGCAGGAAGGGGCAGCAGCUGGGAGCAGAGGCAAUGAUGCCUCAUGGGAAAUGACAUAUAUCCAGAAUGUAAGCACUAGGACUAGACAGGGUGGGGGUGAGGGUGUGGGGCGGAUGAAAGAAGCAGGCCAAGGCAGAGGUCAGAAUUUUCUGUUCACUUACAAAACACAACUAAGUUGAACUUGUAAAAAAUAAAAUUCCAUGUAAAUCCUGAAGACAGUGCCUCUUUGGGUUAAAAACUUUCAUCCUCUUCUCUUUCCCUGGGCCCAAGCUCUUCUCUGUUUCUGGGGAAUGAAGCCAGGCAGAGGCUACAGAGAGAAUCAGGAGGCCAAAUGCCCCUUUCUUACUGGGACUCUGGAUUGGAGGCUUGUGGGUUGUCAUGAUGGCCACAGCAAUUCUCAGACACUCUUUGAUAACACGAAGACUGAGUCACACUGGUCUCAGCUUCAAGUCCAGGAGCUGCCAGGAACACCUGCACUCACAUGGGAUAAUUAAGCACAACAUCU